CCUCCUUCGAGAAAGAGAAGGCGGACGCGCUGCAGAGAUCUGCCGGGGCCUUGAGCGACAGAACGGAAGAGCAGCCCUGGGGGGUUUUGCAGGACAUCCACGAGCACGCCCAACCACAUGAACCUGUACUCCCUCCGCGAUCACGCGUGCACGAGCGACCGCGUUCAAACGGAGCCGGGUGGAAGCUGACCGCGUGCGUCCACAUACACAAAGACUGACUACUGUGGCAGAUUCUGUGGAAAACACCAGUCAGCAUCCUGGUGAAUCGGCAGGACUGCAGCUUCAGAGAAGACCUUAGAGGGCAUCCAUUUGUAUGUUGUAAGGAGGAAUUGAAGGGCAUGGGACGAGGAGCAGCAGCUAAGCAGUCCUAAGAUUCUGCGCGUGACUGUACAUUCAAGCAAACAUUGCGAAAACACCUACGUGAAUGGCUGGCAGCAUGCAUCGGCACGAUCAGCCACAGAAGACGGUCUCGCCCCUGUCGCGGGGAGCCUUCUCGAGGAAAGCACUUGUUUCAGUUGCAUCGCAGUGUGUAAGCUGAUCUGAAUUGACACGCAUCUCAAAGCCUACACGACAGCAAGAAUAGGCAAUUCAAAGAGUCGACUGGUAAGGCUUGCGGCGAUCGUGCUGCGCGUCUUGCACAGAGCAAGAGAAUGAAAAGAGCAGCACCAAAUCUGCGUGUUUAAAUGUAAAUGUGGAAAGAACAUGAAAGAGAAGGAGAGAGAGGGAGAGAAAGAGACAGACAGACAGACAGACAAAUAUAGACAGACCGACACAAAAGGGAAGAGAGAGAGAGAGAGAUGCUGGUCACUCUUGGCCAACCCCGAUCGGGAGCUAAUAUGCAUCCUGCUCUCCUGAAAACGCAUGCACGAAAAACUGCGCCAUCGCGGAGAGGAUAGCCAACUGCCCAGUGGGACAAAAUUUGAACGCUCAAACAUCAAAAAGCGCGGCCUAUUUCGACCGAAAUGCCACUGGCGGCGCUGGAGCUAAAACACCAUGAAUUAACGUCAGAUUGUGAUUCACAAAUCCGUGGGGGGCGCGCGCUUUAAAAAAAUCGUCCCCUUGCUCGGCAAUUUGCUAAUCACAAUAAGCUGACAUUACCUUGGUCAGCGGCUCUUUCAGCCGAACUUGCUGCCAGGGCACCGACACCAACGACAGCUUGCUUGGCCAGCGAUUCUACAGCAGCGGCCCUUCUCAGCCGAGAGCGAGGAAAUCGAGGGCAAGAAGCAUAAUCCUCCUGGCCCGAAGCAGGCCGGCAGUCAAUAAACCACACGCCGAUACCAGAAACGGAGAUCAAUUCGGGCGGCCCUACCAGGCCCCCACAGCAAAGCAUAUGGGCUCAUCUGUCGAUCCGCCGACCGCCCCAGCGGCCACGCGUCUGAGCCUGUCUGAGGCUAGGUCCACGUGGAAAGCUCCGCCCUGCACAGGGCUGUCGACCAAAGAUACAUUGAAACAUGACCCAACACGAAUUCGAUGUUGCCGCGCACACGCACUCACGGCCAGACCUUGCACUACCACUCGGGAUCGGGGGCUGCGACUCCUCGCUGCUGGGGCCCACCUCCGUCACUCCAGCGCGCCCAGGCCCACACUCAGCACUGCUCUCGCCGCCGCCAAUGCCCCAAGAAUUCUGGGUCUCAGGAUUGGCAGUGUGCAUCUGGGCUACACUGGGUUCCGCGCAUGCCGGGACUCUCACCAGUGGCUACUGGAGGAGCAGGAGCAUCACGACGAUGAUGAGGAGGGCGAGGAGGCCCUCCACGGCCCAGACCCGGCGUUGACGAGGAAGCCCCGGCCGCGCAGCUCCAGAAGCAGCUCGUCCACCAGAGCCUUCUCGCGCGAGGCCUGAUCCCCCACCUUUCUCUGCAGCACCACCAGCAGCGACCUCAUGGACAGGGCAUUGAAAGCCCUCUCCAGAGUCCGCAGCUCCCGAGGCUUGACCCGACUACCCGCGACGACAGCGGCCCCGUCGGGCCCAGAGCGCUGCUGGCUGGAGUACUCCUGGAGCGCGUCCGUGGACAGGUUCAGCGUGACAAGCUUCCUCUCGAGGAUGGGAAGCGCGCUGCCGAUGCACUCGGCCGCCGUCGCCGCUUCCAGCGUCUUCCUGUGCGGCCUCCCAAGGUGCACGGGCCGGAUCGGGUGCUGGUAGUGGCAGAACCU